UUCUAGCAACACUGUAUGGUUUCCAUUAGAAUCUUCAGUACUUGCCAUACUUCGAAAUUCUCUACGUCAGGAACAAUGCAGCGAGUUAUUACUACGUUUUCUCGGAAUAUGGCUUCGCUAAGCCAAGUAAGGAUGAUUAGUGGUGAUCCCGGAUCAGGAGCUGGUAAAGGAGGUGGUGGUGGUGGCAGCAUCCGAAGUGCUGGUGGAUCCUUUGGAAAAAUGGAAGCUGCUCAUGAAGAUCAGUAUUUCUACAAUCUGCAAAAGAAACAGUUCCAAAAACUGAAGGAGGAUCUUCACGAUGAAAUCUCUUUCCAUGAAGAACAAAUCAAACGCCACCAAGAAGCCAUCAACCGUCACAAGAAGAGAAUCACAGACAUGAGCAGGGAAUAAGAUAAUUUACCUGUUGUAAUAUUUCU